CUUGGAACGGAACGGCAUGGUCGAGUUCACGAGCCCGAGGAUCAAGCCAAAGAGGAAGAAUGCGGUGGUGGUCGGGGUGGCGUCAACCAAGUAUAAGUGGGUCGGGGAUUCGUUGAAUGUCCUGAAUGGAGAUGUGUACUAUGGUGGCGUGUCCAGGAUGACAGGACGCGACAAGGAGCAUUUUGGCCAAUAUGACGUCGUCCAACUUCGACAUCCAACCGAUGGGUCAACGAUGAAACUAGCGACCGUGCACGCGCUUUGGGCAGAUGCAAAGGGAAAGAUGAUGAUGGAAGUGCGGUAUAUGAAGCCACUAUCUGCAUUGCCAAUCUCGAUGCGGAAGAAACUCGCGCAGUCGACAACCGCUUCGACCACGAAGGAAGAGGUAGUCGACACGACCGAAAUCGACGAGGUGCCCGUGGCCAAUGUCGUCAAGGUGGUCAACAUCGCAGCGUCAUACAUUUGUACAAAGUUGUAUGCGCCGCUGACCGGCACACUGACCGUGAUCGCGCCCGACAGCCGCGGACCCGACUUGGCAUACGUAUACAGCCGCCGCCUCAAGUGGAUCGAUUCGGGUGAGUGCGUCAAUCGAAAGCGCCGGCGUGUUGUUGACGGCGCGACGGUUGAAAACGACGGGGCGGCGCCCUUGGCAGAAUGCCAGUCCCGGCUGGAAGCAGCAUGCGACCAAUUGCAGCUCUCCAGCAUCCCCGACACUUUGCUCGGUCGCGAAGAUGAGCGCCGGCAAAUCUACCACACACUCAAGUUGGCCAUCGUGGAUGGCGAAAGCAGUCCAGUGUACAUCAGCGGGCUACCAGGCAUGGGAAAGACCGCGACAGUGAAGGAAAUUUUGCGCACUCUCGAGCGAGAGCGCGCGAUACAGGCGAUUCCUGCGUUCACGUGGAUCGAAAUAAACGGGCUUCACAUGCCCAAGCCAGACCAGGCGUACAGCAUGAUCUGGAAGACACUGGAGUCGUUUCACUUCCACGCCAAAACGCUCAACUCGAAGCGCGCCCGCGACUGCCUUGACGCCUUCUUCAAAGACAACACGCCUCGACCCGCGCUCGUUCUCGUCUUGGACGAAAUGGACUUUAUGCUGGCAGGAAAAAACACGGUCCUGUACAACUUUCUCGAGUGGCAGGCCCUUCCAUCGUCCAAGCUCGUCGUCGUCGGCAUCGCCAACAUCAUGGACCUGCCCGAGCGACUGGCACCGAAGCUUCGCAGCCGCUUUGGCGUGAACCGCAUUGCAUUUCGGUCGUACACGCACGACCAGAUCGAGCGCAUACUUCACCAGCGGCUGGCGACGCUGCACGUGUUUGAGGCCGGCUCGAUCGAAAUCUACGCCAAGGCGCUGGCGCACCAGAGCGGUGACAUCCGAAAGGCGCUGAUGGUGUGUAAGGCUGCCGUGGAGCGGACCCUGCGCCGAGUCGUCGAGACGCAAACUCCGUCCAAGGUGCUGUCGACCGACAUCGAAGCUGCCCAGGCCGCCAUGUCGGAAUCGCCGCUCGUCAUGCGGCUGCGGCAGUGCAGCACGUUUGAGUGCAUCUUCCUCGUGGCGCUCUUGCGAGAAGUGAAACUACAGCCCCCAGAAAAGCACUGCGGGAAACGUGGCGGGGACCUCGAAGGCGUGGCCACUCGCGUGAUCAACUUGACCAAGACAGCCGGCCUUGCGCGCAUUCCUUCCUUUGCCGAGAUCCAAGCCGUGUGCUUUGAGCUCGAGCGAUGUGAUAUCGUUCGGGAAAAGAAAGGCCAGUGGGAGCUGACCUUCUCCCACGAUGAGAUUCAAGACGCAUUCAUCGCACAUCCUGUCGGGCGGCUAUUGUGGACAUGACGACGACACCAUCGUCGAGUUUCCAUGUGAACGCGUCGUCGUCUGGACGAUUCAUACCUCGAAAGGGCGAUGAAAUAUGAUCGAGGGAGGAUAAGUUAAGUUUUAUGUCGAUGCUGUACGGGAUGCCUACACUCGCUCCUUACGCAACCGCCGCGCUAGAUGCAUGUCGCGUGGCAGCAGCGUCACGCGUUUCGCAUGCAUUGUGCACAGGUAUGAGUCUUCAAAGAGCGAUACCAAGUACGCUUCGGCGGAUUCUUGCAGCGCGACCAACGCAGACCCUUGGAAACGCAGGUCCAAGCGCACGUUUUGCGCGAUUUCGCGCACCAACCGCUGGAACGGCAGCUUGCGAAUCAACAGGUCGGUCGACUUUUGGUACCGCCGAAUCUCGCGCAACGCGACCGUGCCUGGACGAUACCGAAACGGCUUCUUCACGAGAUUCACAGGAUGGUCACCCUUUUUUCCAGGAAGGGUCUUCUUGGACGCCAGCAUGUUCUUGCGCGGGGUCUUGCCGUCAUUCACGUUCUUAGGCGUCGUCUGCUUGGUGCGGGCCA